AUGAUAGUCUGUCCGGGGCAACCAUGGCUCACACGUAUACACAUAUUAUAUAGAUCAUGUGUAUGUGGCCGGGAACGGGUAGAGAUCCGGGUGGUUGGUUAAAGCCGAAUUGCAUUGGCUACGUGUAAUUUAGGGGAAAAUGGCUGAUAGGAAAAAUAAUAAUGUCUCGAACUCUAGUGCAAAUCUACUGUUUAGUGCGGCACCGGAGUUCAACUUCAGUCUGCCAUUCAUCCCGGUCAGUCAGGCCACAGGUCCGGCGGUGCUGUCAGGCGAUGAUUCAACAGACGUAGGAGAAGAAGACAGUUUCCUGGGCCAGUCCUCUGCGUCGGCUCCGGCCCCCUCCACCUUCAACUACUUCUCCGGCUCCGCGGCCAACAGCGACCCGUUCGCGUCCAUCGGCCACCACCAGCAAUGCCCUCCGCCUGCGCUGUCCUCCGCCCCCCCUCCGGUGCCAACGGGUCCCACCUCUCUCCCCUGCUCCCUGACCCCGACCCCGCCGCCGCCCGGGCCUCAAACCAACCCCAACCUGGGCUUCCCCGGGGCCAACGUCUACCAGAGCCCCAUGGGACGACAAACACCUCCUCUCGCCGCCGCCGCCGCCACCCCGCCCCCUUCGCAGAGCACCCCUCUGAGCCACAACCCGUACCGCCACACCCCGCUGAGCAGCCGGGCCAAUCCGUACAUGCCGUCGCCGGAGGUCCUGCCGCCGCCAACGACCGUGCCACAGCAGCAGCAGCAGCAGCAGCAGCAGCAGCAGCAGUAUCAGCAGCAGAACCCGUACUCUCUGGGCGCCGCGCCGCAGGGGUACGGCAUGCCCCCGCCGGCCUUCACAAAGCCCCCUCCCGGCCAGAUGCAGAGCCCGCUGCCCCCUCCCACCAUGGCCGGAGCCUUGGUCCCAGCCAACGCCAUGAUGCAGUACAACGUCUAUGAGGCCGUGCAGCCUCACUGGUUCUUCUGCAAACAGGUGGAGUCCAAGAGUGUCUGGCUUCCCUUCAGCAUCAUCGACUCCAUCCAGCUGGAGGAGACGUACAACUCAGUGCAACCCGACCCGGAGAGCGUGAUCGUACGCACGGAUGGCGGGCGCUACGACGUGCAGCUGUACGACCGCCUGCGCACGCCCGUGUUCUGGGAGGAGGACGAGACGGAGGUGCGGCGCUGCACCUGGUUCUACAAGGGCGACAGCGACAGCCGCUUCGUGCCCUACUCGGAGGAGUUCAGCGACAAGCUGGAGGCAGAGUAUAAGAAGGCGGUAUCCACCAACCAGUGGCACCGUAGGCUCGAGUUCCCGUCCGGGGAGACUAUCGUCAUGCACAACCCAAAGGUGAUCGUUCAGUUCCAGCCCUCGGCGAUGCCUGACGAGUGGGGCACUACCCAGGAGGGCCAGACCAGACCCAGGGUGGUGAAGAGAGGCAUCGACGACGACCACGAUGAAGUGCCUGAUGGGGAGCUGGCCACGGUGGACCACCUGGUGUUCAUGGUGCACGGCAUCGGGCCGGUGUGUGACCUCCGCUUCCGGAGCAUGGUGGAGUGUGUGGACGACUUCCGCAGCGUGUCUCUGAAGCUGCUGCAGAGCCACUUCAAGACGGCGCAGGACGAGCACGCCAUCAGCCGGGUGGAGUUCCUCCCGGUGCAGUGGCACACGGCGCUCCACGGGGACGCCACGGGCGUGGACAGGAGAAUCAAGAAGAUCACGUUGCCGAGCACGGGUCGCCUCCGUCACUUCACCAACGAGACGCUGCUGGACGUGCUGUUCUACAACAGCCCCACCUACUGCCAGACCAUCAUGGACACGGUGGCCCUGGAGAUCAACCGGCUCCACACGCUGUUCAGGGCCCGGAACCCCGACUACGCUGGCAAGGUGUCGGUCUCCGGCCACAGCCUGGGAUCCCUGAUUCUGUUCGACCUGCUGUCCAAUCAGAAGAACGGCGCCCUCUCCCAGUGCAUCCCCUCUGUGCCGUCCUCUAACGGAGGCCCCCCAGACGGGAAGCAGGCUGUUUCCCCCGUUGCCGUGGGAAACAGUCCGGCCCCUCCCCCGGCGGUGGAGGAGAAGCCCAGAGAGGAGGCGGAGGUUCUGGAGGGGCUGGCUGACGUGCUGGAGCACCUGGGCCUGUCGGACUUCAAGACCACCUUCGACGAUGAGCAGAUCGACCUCGAGUCCUUCCUCAUGUGCACGGUGGAGGACCUGAAAGAGAUGGGGAUACCACUGGGGCCGCGAAAGAAGAUUGCCAAGUUCGUCAAGGAACGAGUGAAUAAGCUGGCAGCCGAGGCGCAGAGGGCCCAGGAGGAGAGCCAGGAGGUGGUGCCCGCCCCCGCCCCCGCCGUCGCCCCGCUGGCCGACACCGUCGCCAUGACGCUCCCGGUGGGCAAGACCAGCUCCUCCGUCCACGUGGACUACAACUACUUUGAAGUCGGGACCGGGCAGGUGUCUGUGAUCUACCACGCUCUGGACUUCGAGCCCGUUAACUUCUUCGCCCUGGGCUCUCCCAUCGGGAUGUUCCUGACGGUGCGCGGCCUGGAGAGGAUCGAGGAGAGCUACCAGCUGCCCACCUGCGAGGGCUUCUUCAACAUCUACCACCCGCUGGACCCGGUAGCGUACCGAAUCGAGCCCAUGAUCCUGCCCGACCUGGACCUGAAGCCCGUCCUCAUCCCCCACCACAAGGGCCGCAAGAGGCUGCACCUCGAGCUGAAGGAGAGCCUGACCCGGAUGGGCUCGGACCUGAAGCAGGGGCUGAUGAGCUCGCUGAAGAACGCCUGGCAGACGCUCAACGACUUCGCCCGCGCCCACACCUCCUCGGCCCAGCUGCAGGCCGAGCUGGCCAUGGUGGCCAGCCGCAUCAAGGAGGAGGAGGAGAAGCAGCAGGUCCAGGAGGAGAACAAGAUGGCGGAGGCGGUGGAGCCGCUGAGGGAGGAGGAGCCCCAGGUGAAGAUGGGGAGGCUGAACGGGGGUAACCGCAUCGACUAUGUCCUGCAGGAGAAGCCCAUCGAGAGCUUCAACGAGUACCUCUUCGCCCUCCAGAGCCACCUGUGUUACUGGGAAUCCGAAGACACAGCCUUGAUGCUUCUCAAAGAGAUCUACAAGUCCAUGGGCAUUCACCCCGAGCAGAUCCUUCAUUAAUGCAGUCUAUUUUUAAAAGCCCUUCACUGUCUUUUACGUUUACUAUUCCAUGUUUAUUCUGCUGGACUUCUUUAUGAUUAUUUUUUAUUAUUAUUUUUAGUUGAAUGUAUAGGGAUGAGUACGAAUGUUGUAUGAUGCAUAUUAUCUUAAAUUAAGAACAGAUAAAGUUAAGGGAUUCCAGUGACUAGUUCAACUAAAUUAUAGAACUGGUCGAGGUGGCGCUAUGUUGACUGAAACUAUACUGUACAUUAUACAAUUCAUUAUACAAAGAUUUUAACAUAAGUGACUUGAUAAGGCAGCACUGAAGAGCUCCCUGUUUUAUUCAAUGGCCAACAGGUCGAAUAAAUCAUUUCAGAAUUCAA